GCUACCGGGGAGUUGAAUGAUUAAGCCGAGGCCGUUUUCCUGAGCCAAGGCUGCACCGUUUUUUUUGGGCGCUCUACCACAGAGAGGGACAGUUUGAAUUCUGAGACUCCACCUUCUGUUGCCUAUGUGAGCAACUAGACACUUUGACAUAACAACGAGAAGACCACGCUUCUGAAACAUGCCUUCAGCAGGACUGGAGAUACUUGGAGUAGUGCUGGCCGUACUGGGAUGGAUCCUGGCCUUGACAUCAUGCAUUCUGCCCAUGUGGAGAGUGUCAGCUUUCAUUGGGGUCAGCAUAGUCACGGCGCAGACCACCUGGGAGGGUAUCUGGAUGAACUGCGUGGUGCAGAGCACAGGCCAGAUGCAGUGCAAAAUCCAUGACUCUAUGCUGGCCCUCAGCGGUGAUCUGCAGGCUGCCCGAGCCCUUACCGUCAUCUCCAUCGUGCUGGGCCUGGUGGGCAUCCUGGUGGCCGUGAUGGGGGCCAAGUGCACCAACUGCGUGGAGGAGGAGCGGGCAAAAGCUCGGGUGAUGAUCGGGGCUGGGGUGGCGUUCAUCCUAGCGUGUCUGACCCAGCUCAUCCCGGUGUCAUGGUCGGCCAACGCCAUCAUAAUGGAGUUCUACAAUCCCGUCAUUCCCGAGUCCCAGAAGAGGGAGAUCGGAGCUGCUCUGAUGUCCGUCGGCCUGGAGUUGCUGGGCAUCUCUCUGUGCAUCCUGGGAUGGGUCAUCGGCAUCGUGGCGUGCGCCCUGCCUAUGUGGAGAGUGACGGCGUUCAUCGGCAGCAACAUCGUGACGGCGCAAAUCAUCUGGGAAGGCCUGUGGAUGACCUGCGUGGUGCAAAGCACGGGCCAGAUGCAAUGCAAGGUCUACGACUCCAUGCUGGCCCUUUCACAGGACCUGCAGGCCGCCCGGGCCCUUACCGUCAUUUCCAUUCUGUUGGCCAUCAUGGCCGUACUUAUCGCCAUCACCGGUGCCAAGUGCACCAACUGCAUCGAAGAGGAGGCCUCCAAAGCCAAGGUGAUGAUCAUCUCUGGGGUGUUCUUCAUUGUGUCGGGCGUCAUGCAGCUAAUUCCUGUCUCCUGGUCGGCCAACACCAUCAUCCGGGAUUUCUACAACCCCUUACUGACGGACGCCCAGAGGCGAGAACUGGGUGCCGCGCUCUACAUUGGCUGGGCGGCCGCCGCCCUCCUGAUCUUGGGCGGUGGACUGCUUUGCUGCACGUGCCCGCCCAGCGAGGCCCGCUACAACAAUUCCCGAAUGGCGUACUCGGCCUCCCGGUCUGCGGGAGGCCAGGGGUUGGAGAGGAAAGACUACGUGUGAGCAAGAACAAGGACAAAAAGACUGGAAGCCCAUCCCUGCGACGAGAUGAUGGGAAAUUGAUCCAAUCAUCAGUUAAUUUCUGUACAUUUUUACCUUAUUGUGAGUCAAUAUACAGGAUACUGAAAAAAAUGAGCUCGACUUCCUCAGUGAGAAAUCUGGGUGAAUUUAGUCAAACACAAAGCUAAUAUUCUGUUGUUUGAAUUGUACCUUCCAACAUCCAGUGGAAGAGCAUUUCCUUUUCCUGUCUAUCACUAGAUGUAACUGGCUUAGAUAGAUGGACAGCAAUACAUCUAUAGUUAUGAAUAAAUAAUAAUUUUGGACCAUUUUGUUUGAAAAUCUGAUCCCAAAGAACAAUUUUGCUUCACUUUUAACAAGCAUUUUUUUUUAAUAAACCGAAUCUUUUCUUAACACAAAUUGAACAAUAGUUUUAUACUUAAAUAUUUAUGUGUCACAAUUUUUAAUGAUUUCUAUCAACUUCAUUAUGUUGUUUUUAACAGAUGUAACGAUCAAUUGCAGUGGCAAUUGUUUACAUGUGAUGACGACAUUUAUGUUUUUUAUCGUUGUAACCUUCUUUCAAGGGAAACCGCGACUAGGGUGUUGGCCGCAACCAAAAUGAACACGAGACCCCUGAUAGACUGUUCAGUAUCUUCGGGAUAUUUCCUGUUUGAUUAAAUCCCGUCUAUUGGCAGAACAUUUAAAUUUUCUCCCCGUCACAAUAGAUCAGUGGCAUAGAUGAUCAAAGGCUAAUUAAUUCAAUUUACCCCUCUAGAAACAAACCACAGAGAGGAUUGUCUGUGCACCGUGCUGAAUAUUUUAAUUCUAACACCAUGACGUCACCCUCUAGAUGAGGUGCCAAAAUGGAUGGAAUGUGUUCCAAGAUAAAUUGGUAUAAUCCAGAAGGGUUAUCAAGAAGGAUGUGUGUAAUAAACAGAGCAGUCAGAGCAUCAUUAAUCUUAUCUCAUGACAUGUACUGCGUGCAAUGAGCACUGACAUUCAUACUACAAGGUUUGUCUAUCAUGCAGUUUUUCUGUGCUUGUAUCUCUUGACAAUAAACAUCUUCAUGUUUAAUGAA